AUGAGUGCUCUCAACGUCGGCCUGGCCCUCAUCCCCUCGGCCGUGCUGGUCGCAGGUGUCUACGCUCUCAAGCCCGAGUUCGUCGCCUACGCAGUCGCGGUUGCCGGUGUUCUCACCAGCAUCGCGUACUUCGCCGGCAGCAGCAAGCCGCGCCCGCGCAAGGUCCUGAUCCCCACUGAGUUCCAGGACUUUGUCCUCAAGGAGAAGAAUGAGAUCUCUCACAACGUUGCCAUCUAUCGCUUCGCCCUGCCCCGUCCCACCGACAUCCUGGGCUUGCCCAUCGGCCAGCACAUCUCUCUCGCUGCCACCAUCGCCGGCCAGCCCAAGGAGGUCGUGCGCUCCUACACCCCCAUCUCGUCCGACAAUGAGGCCGGCUACUUCGACCUGCUGGUCAAGGCCUACCCCCAGGGAAACAUUUCCAAGUACCUGACAGAACUGAAAAUCGGCCAGACCAUGAAAGUGCGCGGUCCCAAGGGCGCCAUGGUUUACACUCCCAACAUGUGCCGCCACAUUGGCAUGAUUGCUGGUGGUACCGGUAUCACACCCAUGCUGCAGGUUAUCGAGGCUAUUAUUCGCAACCGUCCCCGCAACGGUGGUAACGACACUACCAAGGUCGACCUGAUCUUCGCCAACGUCAACCCCGAUGAUAUCCUACUCAAGGAGAAGCUGGAGCAGCUGGCCAAGGAGGACGAGGGCUUCAAUGUCUACUACGUCCUGAACAACCCGCCCGAGGCCUGGACCGGUGGUGUUGGUUUCGUGACCCCCGAUAUGAUCAAGGAGCGCCUCCCUGCCCCCGCCAGCGACGUCAAGAUCCUCCUCUGCGGCCCCCCUCCCAUGGUCAGUGCCAUGAAGAAGGCCACCGAGUCCCUCGGCUACACCAAGGCCCGCCCCGUCAGCAAGCUCGAGGACCAGGUCUUCUGCUUCUAA